UCUUUCUAACUCUUUUGAAAUGCCUGCUGAACACUUCUGUGAAUCAUGCCUGCUGCAAGAGGAGCACAUCUGAGUUAAGAAAGCAGGGAUUUUUGGUGACAGCUGGCAAGCAGACACUCCCUCUGUUGAGGGACAGCUUUCAUUCAACUAAAAGCACAGAUUUGGAGACAUGCAUUUACAAAUAUCUUUACUGCUGCUGUUUUGUCUGAACAUUGUCCAUGGUAGUGAUGGAUAUUUUUCUGAGCGAUACCAGAAACAAUCCAGCGUCAAGGGGCCACAGUUUCUACCAUUCAAUGUAAAGAGUCAAGGUGUGCAGGUAAGGGGGGAACAAGGACCCCCUGGCCCCCCAGGCCCUCCUGGACCAAGAGGACAAGCAGGUCCUGCAGGAAAGCCAGGGUUUGGAAGUCCGGGUCCCCAAGGCCCCCCUGGCCCCCCAGGACCACCUGGAUUCUCUGCAGUCGGAAAGCCAGGUGUGCCAGGUCUGCCAGGAAAGCGAGGAGACAGAGGACUAAAUGGUGAGAAAGGAGAACCUGGACCUGUUGGACUCCCAGGACCAAGAGGGCCACAAGGACCUCCCGGCACUCCUGGCCCUGCAGGACUGUCUGUCCCUGGCAAGCCAGGACCACAAGGCCCUCCAGGCGCUCAGGGGCCGAGGGGCCUCCCUGGUGAGAAGGGAGAGCCAGGUAUCCCUGGUAUAAACGGACAAAAGGGAGAAAGUGGAUUUGGCAUUCCAGGCCGCCCGGGUAGUAGGGGUCUUCCAGGCCCACAGGGACCCCGGGGCCCCCCUGGUCCUAUGGGAGUAGGGAAACCUGGUGAAAAUGGUCUUCCAGGUCAGCCAGGUCUGAAAGGUGACCGAGGUUUUCCAGGUGCACCCGGGGCGGCUGGUCUCCCUGGUCCCCAGGGUCUCCCAGGCGAACCUGGAGAAGCUGGCAUUGGCAAGCCUGGGCCAAUGGGACCACCAGGAGCAGCAGGCAUCCCUGGAGCCAAGGGACAUCCUGGACCUGCAGGCUUGCCUGGAUCCCCAGGUCUUCCAGGUUUUGGAAAGCCAGGAUUGCCAGGGAUGAAGGGACACAGAGGGCCUGAAGGUCCUCCUGGCCUUCCAGGUCCUAAAGGAGACCAAGGCCCAGCUGGUGUGCCAGGAGAACCAGGGCUGGUUGGGCCACCAGGGAACAUGGGCCCUCCUGGACUCAAAGGUUUGCCUGGUGAGAAUGGCUUCCCUGGGCCCAAAGGUGACAUGGGCCCCGCAGGCCUCCCAGGAUUCCCAGGGGCCAAGGGGGAACGAGGCUUACCAGGAGCAGAGGGAAAACCAGGAUAUCCAGGUGAGCAGGGUCUUGCUGGUCCUAAGGGACAACCAGGUCUCCCAGGUCCAAAAGGUGACACCGGCCAUGCUGGGCUGCCUGGAUUGCCUGGUCCAAUGGGUCCACAAGGAGCCAAGGGAGUGCCAGGGAUCAAUGGAGAGCCAGGCCCCAGAGGGCCGUCAGGAAUACCUGGGAUCAGAGGUCCCAUUGGCCCCCCUGGUCUGCCAGGAGCCCAGGGUGCAAAGGGUGAGCCGGGAGCACCAGGACUGCCAGGCCCAGCAGGUAUUUCCACGAAAGGCUUAAGCGGACCCAUGGGACCACCUGGACCCCCUGGGCCUAAAGGCAGCACUGGCGAGCCUGGCAUGCCAGGCCCCCCAGGGCCUCCUGGUCCCCCUGGCCAAGCUGUAAUCCCACAGAUGCCUGAAGGCUACGUUAAAGCAGGAGAGUCUCGGGAGUUAUCAGGAAUAUCUUUCAUAAAGGGAGGAGUAAACCAAGCUCUUACCAGGAUGCCGGUGUCUGCUUUCAGUGUCAUCCUCUCAAAAGCUUACCCUGCGGCAACAGUCCCCAUCAAAUUUGAUAAAAUCUUGUACAAUAGGCAGCAACACUAUGACCCCAGAACAGGAAUCUUCACCUGCAGGACCCCUGGACUGUACUAUUUCUCCUACCAUGUACAUGCAAAGGGAACAAAUGUUUGGGUCGCACUCUACAAAAAUGGUUCCCCCAUCAUGUACACCUACGAUGAGUACCAGAAAGGAUACCUCGACCAAGCUUCUGGCAGUGCUGUCAUUGAUCUCAUGGAGAACGACCAAGUAUGGCUCCAACUGCCCAAUUCAGAAUCCAAUGGUCUCUAUUCCUCUGACUACGUUCACUCUUCUUUCUCAGGUUUCCUGUUUGCUCAUAUCUAACAACAUCCCAUUUACCCUGUCCUGACACACUCUCCUUCAGACCAUUGUAACUGGGUGCUGAUUUGAUUCAUCAUUAGUAUUUUGUUGCAACUGCAAUAUUGCAACAGUAAUAGAGGAGGGAGUGAGGAGGUGGAGAGUGGUUCAAACCUAGUAGAAUAAUAUUGUAUGUUUUUAGAGAUUUGACACAAAAAAUUUGUUUUAAAUGAUGAUCAAUUGUCUGACUAAAUGCAACAUUAAAAUUCUAUGAAUUAAUAUAA